AGAACAAAGCACUGCAGGCUUGAGAUGGAGUUUUCCUGGCGAAGUGGGCAGGAAUCCCGGCGCCUGCUGCUCUCACUUCUGUUCCUCGCAGCCUGGGAGGCUGGGAACGGGCAGGUCCGUUACUCGGUCGCGGAGGAGGCCAAACACGGCACCUUCGUGGGCCGCAUCGCCCAGGACCUGGGGCUGGAGCUGGCGGAGCUGGUGCCGCGCUUGUUCCGGGUGGCGUCCAAAGGCCGCGGGGACCUUCUGGAGGUAAAUCUGCAGAAUGGCAUUUUGUUUGUGAAUUCUCGGAUCGACCGCGAGGAGCUGUGCGGGCGGAGCCCGGAGUGCAGCAUCCACCUGGAGGUGAUCGUGGACCGGCCGCUGCAGGUUUUCCAUGUGGAGGUGGAAGUGAAGGACAUUAACGACAACCCGCCUGUUUUCCCUGGAACACAAAAGAAUCUGUUUAUGGCGGAAUCCAGGCCGCUUGACUCUCGGUUUCCACUAGAGGGCGCCUCCGAUGCAGAUACUGGGGAGAAUGCUCUGCUGACUUACAGACUGAGCCCCAAUGAGUAUUUCUCGCUGGAAAAAACAUCUGAUCACGAGCAGGUAAAACGUCUUGGGCUAGUAUUAAAGAAACCUUUAGACAGGGAAGAAGCUCCGGAGAUAUUUUUAGUGCUCACGGCCACUGAUAGAGGCAAACCUGAGCUGACUGGCACCGUUCAGUUACUCGUCAAAGUGCUGGACGCCAAUGACAACGCUCCAUCUUUCGACAGAACACUCUAUGCGGUGAAAUUACCAGAAAAUGUUCCUAAUGGAAUGUUGGUAAUUAAACUUAACGCCUCAGACUUAGAUCAAGGCUCAAAUGGGGACAUUAUUUAUUCAUUCUCAGCUGAUAUUUUACCUAAUGUAAAAUCGAAGUUCCACAUAGAUCCAAUUACUGGAGAAAUUAUGGUAAAGGGAUAUAUCGAUUUUGAAGAAAGCAAAUCCUAUGAAAUUCUUGUAGAGGGCAUUGAUAAGGGACAGCCCCCACUUUCUGGCCAUUGUACAGUUAUGGUGGAAGUUGAAGACACCAACGAUAAUGUCCCAGCAAUGGAAUUCAAGUCCCUGUCACUCCCAAUCAGAGAAGACGCUCCACUGGGCACUGUCAUCGCCCUGAUAAGCGUGUCCGACCGUGACUCCGGUGCCAACGGGCAGGUGACCUGCACCCUCACCCCUCAGGUCCCCUUCAAGCUGGUGUCCACUUUCAAGAAUUACUAUUCGCUGGUGCUGGACAGUGCUCUGGACCGCGAGUGCGUGGCGAACUAUGAGGUGGUGGUGACAGCGUGGGACGGGGGCUCGCCUUCACUGUCGGCCACGGCCAGCGUGUCCGUGGAGGUGGCCGAUGUGAACGACAACGCGCCUUCGUUCGCGCAGCCCGAGUACACGGUGUUCGUGAAGGAGAAUAAC